AAAAGAAAUACCCAUAUAUGUUUAGAGUGAGAGAACGGAUGAUGGCUUUUGCGGACAGAAACCCAAAUUCCGGUUUCGAUGGGGAGAGAUGAGCAGUGAAGCUAGACUAUUAUUUACAGAUACAAGGAAAGAUCGGAGAAGUUCCGAUCUUCGAUCUUCUGCCGACCAUCAGAGAAGGAGAAGAAAGAGGUAAAGACUAAUUAAGAAACGGUAUGUGGGAUCUCAACGACUCGCCUGAUCGGAGGAGUGAGGAGGAGGAGUGGGAGGGCUACUCUGUUGACGGAGAUGAUGAGAAGGGGAAAGGGGUUGGAUCCGUUUCUAAUGACAAUUCGAGUUCUUCUGCUGUGGUUAUUGAAGAUGGAUCGGAGGAAGAAGAGGAAGAGGACGGCGAUGAUGGUGGUGAAGGAACGCGUAGGAAGAAGAGCAGUAAGAUCUUUGGUUUCCCUGUGACGACUAACAACGGCAACAACAACUGUUCUUCAGAGAGUGAACAGGUUGUGACCCGGCAGUUUUUUCCGACGGAGGAACCGGAAAUGGGGACGACCCAGGGUUCUGCUUCCGCUCCUUUCCCAAGGGCUCACUGGGUUGGCGUUAAAUUCUGCCAGUCUGAACCCCUCGCUGCCACUGUUAAGGCCGCCGAGGUUUCGCAGCCAAUGAAGAAGAGCCGCCGGGGGCCCAGGUCUCGAAGCUCUCAGUAUCGUGGUGUCACCUUUUAUAGGAGGACUGGCCGUUGGGAGUCUCACAUAUGGGAUUGUGGAAAGCAAGUUUAUCUGGGUGGAUUUGACACUGCUCAUGCAGCUGCGCGUGCCUACGACAGAGCAGCUAUCAAGUUUCGGGGAGUUGAAGCAGAUAUAAAUUUCAGUAUUGAAGAUUAUGAGGAAGAUAUGAAACAGAUGAAAAAUUUAACAAAGGAAGAAUUCGUACAUGUGCUUCGCCGCCAAAGCACCGGCUAUCCGAGAGGAAGUUCUAAAUUCAGAGGAGUUACUUUGCACAAAUGUGGAAGAUGGGAAGCUCGCAUGGGCCAGUUCUUGGGCAAAAAGUAUGUUUACCUGGGCCUAUUCGACACCGAGAUUGAAGCAGCCAGGGCUUACGAUAAAGCUGCCAUCAAGUGUAAUGGGAAGGAAGCUGUGACCAACUUCGAUUCCAGCAUUUAUGAGACCGAGCUCAAUUUGGCCGGCAAUGAUGCCGAGCACAACCUGGAUUUGAGCUUGGGCAGCUCAGCCUCCAAAAGGGAAGGUCGUGAAUCGGGGGAUGACAAUCGAUCAAGUGCUACCAUGGACUAUCAAUCCUCUUCUUCGCCGAUGCCGUUUGAACCAGACUGGGGAACCAGCAACCAGGGCUUCAGGCACCCCCAGGGCGAGGCUUUCCGGCUGCUUAGCCACACCCACAUCCAAUCUCCAGCUGUCUCCCCAUUCAAGCCCAAUGAGUUGCAGAGAUAUGGAACAUUGAGCAGAAACGGGGAAGCUUCGGCGGUUCACAUCCUGCAACACCACUACCAUCCUCCAAAUUAUCAAUUUGAGUUUCCUAGUAGUGGUGACGGAGGAGGAGGAGGAGGAGGGCUGUCUCUAGCUACAGGAGGAGACACACAGCAACUGCACUCGGGUUGGAACAACAGAGGGGGCAGUAGUAGUAGUAGUCGUGUAAGUGGUAGCUGGGCAGCUUCAACCGCUGCUGCUGCUGGAUCACUCCAACUGUUUGCGACCCCUGCAGCAUCAUCAGGAUUCCCAUCAUCGCCGAUAAUGAAACCCCCAAGCUGGCUGCAGAAGAAUGACUUCCAUUCUCUCAUGAGACCCACCUAACGUCCACCCCUCUUCCCUACCAAGUCUUUCUGCGCUGCCAUCUCUCUCUCUCACUCUUUGAAUUCUUCCAACUUCCUGUUUUUGAAGCAUGGAAACGUGAAACACUUCCCACUUUUCUUCUGUUCUUCAUUUUCUUUUCGGCAGUGUUAUAAUUUGACGAAGCAAAAGAGAGCCAAGAACCUACGCCGAGGCGUCGAGGGCCCAAGCCCCAAAGACCCCAAACCCACCCCCCCCAGGCCGCAAAAGAGAUUAAAAUGUGCAGUAAUCAAUGGCUAACACAUUUGUAGCUCUUCUCGAUUUCAGGGAUGUUGGGUCAUUGGUUAAACAAAAACCACCUUCGAACGAAUUUCUGACACAAGUUCUGAUCUAAUCUGAUUUUAAUUUUGCUUUUUUGCUUCCCUACAACCCCAAUUCC